AUGUCUCAAUCCAACGCCCCUGGCAACCCUCCAGAUGGAGGACGCAAGAGAUUCAAUCAAGAAGAAUAUGCCCAGAAAGCCGCCGACGCGGAAGCCAAGCGCAAGGCAGAAGGCAAAGCCCGCUACGAAGCAAAGCUGCUAGGCAAGAAAUACCAUGCGCCCGUCGACCUGAGCAGCCUUGAGGCCACGACCGCCCGUCAGUCUCGGAUCGAUGUCGCGUCUAUGGUGGGCAAGACCACGAUUGUGCCAGCAGGAGCAGCCCAGGGCAAACGCGGACAUGGCGCGGGAUUCUACUGCAAGGACUGUGACUUGACGUUCAAGGACAAUAUCCAGCUGGUCGAGCAUUACAACAGCAAACAGCAUUUAUAUGCGACGGGCCAGAGUGGCGAGGUGAAGCGCGCCUCGGUGGAAGAUGUGCGUCUGCGCUUGCGACUUUUGUCACACCAGAAAAGGAAGAGGGAGGAGGAGGACCGGAAGGUGUGGCAGUUGGAUCUUGGGCAGCGGUUGAAGGAGCGAGAGGAAGAAGAUGCGAAGGAGAGGGAGGAACGACGACGGAAACGGAAUGAGAAGCGUCGCAAGGGCAACGGGAUCAAGCAGGAGGAUGACGGCUGGGAGGGUCGUUUGGGCAUUAUCGCUUGA